AUGAAUGAUUAUGAUUACUUCGUCUCAUCAUUUUUUCUGACUAAUCAAAAAAAACAUGCUUUUCACUUUCUGCAGUCAGUCGUUGUGUUGAAAGCUUACAAGAAUAAUGCUGUGUCAGAUCAUCGUUGCUUUUAUUUUUCGCACACUAAAAGAUUGGACCCACUCUUACAGACGACAAAACUGAGACUUGUCAAUUUAAUCUCUUCCGCUGACUCCGAUAUGUCACCAUCACUAUUCACUCAACCAAUUUCACUGUCUGUCCUGUGGAGUAAUUUUCAGGAUUUUGAGAUAAUACAGUGGGAUCCAAAACUGUUAGUAAUCGUUUAUGAUGGCGAAUUAAAUCCAAAACUAAACAAAAUAGUCGCUUCACAUACACCUAGUGUACUGAAUAGAUCAAUAAUAUUUUUGGAUGCUGACCAAUUCAAUGGUAUUAUCCUCAAUAAAUCUUCUGAUCCUAUUGCAGACGAGAUUAUGCUCUCCGUUCUUCCGUACACUAAGAACACGGUUGCCUAUAAUGUUCUUAUUUGGAUUUUACUAUAUGGACUUGUUAUGAUGGGCAUUGCACUGGGUUCUUGGAUGAUCGUUGUUAAUUCUGAUAAAAUACUGUCAGAUUACGCGCAACGGUAUACUGGAUUACCAAAGUCUGGCGCAUGUUCAUAUUUAUUCAUUGCCGUGUUUUUAUUAAUUGCAGUUGGAACUUUGGUUAUCAGUUACUUUUUCUAUGAUGUUAUCGUUUAUAUCUUGAUUGCCAUGUUUGUCCUAGUGGGUGCACAUUCAGUUUCGUGUUUUCUGAACUUUAUUACUCAAUACAUUGCUCCUGGAACAAAAAAAGUAAUAACAUGUGAACUGAAAUUUUGUCGCAUUUUGGGUCUGAAGAAAAUAUCUGCCAUUUCACUGGUCACGUUGCCUAUUGGUUUAUCGAUUGCUUUAACAUGGUUGGUAUUUCGUAAAGAUGAAAUGGUUGGUUGGCCCCUUCAGUCUUUCAUAGGAAUGGUAAUGGUGUCGACUAUUAUUUCGAAUGCUUUGAUUGUACCAUCAAUCAAGACGGGGACGCUCUUAUUCUUAGCAUUUUUGAUAUACGACGUGUUCUUCGUGUUUAUUACACCAUUAUUCACUGCACGUUCAUCAAUUGAUAUUAACUCAGUUCAAAUUGUUGAACAUACAAGAACACGGCGGUCAAACAGUGACAGUUAUAUGGAAGCUGUAGCUACUGGAUCAGCUGGUAAAAGUGGUGAGAUGCUACCACUGUCAUUUCGUUUACUUAUCAACGAAUACGUCGAGAUAAAUAAGUACAAUAUUGAAGUUAUACCUCACAGUUCUCUUUUAGGAUUUGGAGAUGCUGUUAUUCCCGGAUUAUUUCUUGUGUUUUUGGUGUUUUAUGAUGCUUGUUGGAAAAUUCCAUACUAUAAGCACUUUAUUGGAGGACUUACAGGUUAUUCACUUGGUUUCGUAAUCGCUAUCACUGUGUUGAACGUUACUAAUGGUAGUCAACCAGCACUGUUGUAUCUUUGCCCAUGCACUUUACUUGUAACAUUUAUAGUUGUUAUUGCUGUUGAUGUAUUCAGUGAUGGAAAUGAUUAUAUACAUGAUGAUAUAGAUCAAAGAAACGAUAAUCCUAAUAAUAACAAUUUUACUGAUGACCAGUCAGUUGGCUAUUUAGGAGUAAAUGACUUUCAUUUGAACCAACCAGGAGGAACUGCGUCACUUAGCAAUUCGAAAUCUCUUCUAGUCUCUAAAUCAUGA